CUGGCUGGGGCACGGAGCUCACGGGUUGGCUGUGAAUUAAAGGAAGUAUUUGUAUGAAUGAAUGAUCAUAGAAAAGGGCCGACUUUUCAUUGUGCAAAAUAGACGAGGACAAACUAUCAAAUGGAAACAAGCAACAUUUGGUUAUUAUGUCAAACGUGGAGUAUUAAUUCUUGGACUCUCCAGUGAUCUAUAUUUUGAUUGCACAAUCCACCUCUGUCAGAGAGAUGCCCUAGUUGUCCUGGACGAUGUUUUGAACUGCUUUAGGAUUAAAAAAAAAAAAAUUUAAACAUUAUUUCUGCGAGGACAUCGAAUAAAGGCUCUUCAAAUCAUCUGGAAGCUUUGCGCAUUGCGUAACUGGCAAAGAAAUGCGCAUGUUCUCUAGACAGGCUACAGAUAAUGUUGGGACUCAUCUCUUCUGCAAGGCGUUUAUCGCACCGUGUAUGCUGUAAACACAGAAGAAACGAGGAUGAGAGUGUCUAGUAUGCUCGGGAAAUGUCGGCAUCAGAUGCUGGUGGCGCUCUGUUGGCUGUUUGUGGUUGUGACGCGGAGCGGAGCAGUUUCCAGAUGUGUGGACCAUGCCUGUAGUCCACCCAUAGGGAACCUGGCCAGCGGCAGGACCCUCACCACCCUCUCAAGCUGCUGUGGGAACAGUUCCCUCAACCACUGCCCUUGCCACCAUCCUCCCGUGAACCAUCACCUCUACCCUGAGGACAUUCACCCACCUGCUCAAAUGACCGACGACCCUUUCUUGCAUCCGGAGACCUGGUGGGCAUCAGGUGCUGGUACCACCAUGCAGGCGGAGCAGGAUGAAAUCCGGUUGGAUUUGGAAACACAGUUCUGUCUGUCCCAUGUGGUUUUGGUGUUCAGGUCGCCCCGGCCUGCUGCCAUGGCCAUUGAACGUUCAGCUGACUUUGGGAAGACCUGGGAGACUCUUAAGCUCUUUGCAAACAAUUGCAGUGCAGAGUUUGGUUUGUCUGAUGAUUUUAGUCAGCCAGGGUCUUUGUGCACAUCUCGUUACACUAGUGCUACACCCUGCAGAGGUGGCGAGGUAAUAUUACGGACACUAGACCCAAGCAGUGCUAAAACACUGGAUCCUUACAGUCCAGAGGCCCUGGCCCGCCUUACCCUCAGUAACCUCCGCAUCAGACUGCUAAAAGCUCAGACCUGUUCUGCACCUCUGAACCCCCCCACAGGACGGACAAGCCUCACAGGCUCAGCUCUGACCUCCACACCCACUACAGAAAACUCAGCCUCAGCACAUUAUGCUAUUUAUACUUUACUGGCCAGAGGAACCUGCCUGUGCCACGGACAUGCUGAGCACUGUGUUCCAUACAACAGCAGCCAAGACACCAGACAGGACAGUAACAUGGUUUUUGGUAGGUGUCUGUGUACUCAUCACACAGCAGGAGAUCACUGUGAGAAGUGUGCCCCGCUCUACAAUGAUCGUCCCUGGAGGCCUGCCAACGGUAGCAGCGGCGAGCCGAACCCAUGCCAGAAGUGCGAGUGCCACGGUCACGCAGACAGCUGUCACUUCUCUCAGCGGGCAUGGCUGUCAUCUGGUGGCACCAGCGGGGGUGUUUGUGAUGACUGCCGACACAACGCUGUCGGGCGUCGGUGCCAGCGAUGUCGCCAUGGCUACCACCGCCACCCAUCCUUGCCCCUCAACUCCCCCCACGCCUGCACAAGCUGCCGGUGUGAUCCACAGGGCUCUUUGCCUCCUCAUCCUGGAGAGGAGGGACCCUGGUGCCACCCUAGGAGUGGGCAGUGCCACUGUAAAUCAGGUGUAGGGGGCACAAGCUGCAGCCACUGCCUGCCCGGCUACUGGGGCUUUGGAGAUGAGGGCUGUGAACCCUGUGUCUGCCCUCUCAGCUGUGAUCCAACCACUGGGCAGUGUCUGGACAGCUACACAAAUAAUCAGGUGUUCAAUGUGGCUGUUGGUGGAAAAAUCCCUGAUCUGGAUCAUAUGUUCCCAAUUGAAGAAGAGGUACAGUGGUCAAAGGAGCUCGCAGUCUCUGCUCUGCAUUAUACAGGAAAGUGCAGCUGUAAGGAGAAGAAGCUGAGAAGUGUGUCUGACCUCUGUAAGACUAAACAUGACUAUGUGAUCAAGGCCAGUGUGCUGUCUGCUCAUGACAAAGGUAGCCAUGCAGAAGUUCAGGUCAAAGUUCGCAAAGUCCUUCGAUCAGGCCAGGUGACGCUGUACCAGGGGACAAUCAGCAUCUAUCCUCUGUCCUGGACCAGCCGUGGCUGCACCUGUCCUAUACUAAACCCAGGAAUGGAGUACCUGCUUGCAGGCCCAGAGGAGGCCGGAACAGGCCGUUUGCUGGUCACCAUGCAAAGUGUAGUGGUGCCCUGGACACCUCGACUGGGUCUGCUUAUAUCAGAGGGCCUGACGAACGGAUGUCCAUGAGCGAUAUGAUCCAAAACUGUGGGACACACUUGAGAGAAUUUCAAAAGGACAGUCACGAGUCAGUGGACACUUCAGAGAAGGGACUGAAAAUGGCUGGACAACACGUCAUCAAAGGCAAAUUAUCCAAGAGGCAAACUUGUGGUAAUUCUAGAAGAGAGGUACUCACCAUGCGUGGGUGUGUAACACAAAAUAAAAGACUGAAAUAAAUGCUUCGACGUCAAAUUCAACUGUUCAACUUUUU